AUGAGGGCCAUUUCACCGCAAGAGGCAGUGGUAACGGAACAGACGCCUCAGCCUUAUUUGACAGUUCCACACGAAAAUGUGGUGGCGGUUCAUGAUCACCAGCAGGCUCAGAAUUUGCGGAGUGAUUCGGAAAAUGGCUCGUACCCGGGGGAUCGGAACGGCAGUGAAAAACAUACGACGCGGAGUGUGCCAUGGGAGCUGACGAGGGAAGACAUCGAUGAAACCACGGGCCAAGUAGUCCAAGACGAAUGCAUCCCGGCAACUGACAUAGGAAGCGACGCGAGCAUACGCCGGGCCGGAGGCGCGAUGGAUAAUGACAGUGCUGGCAUCCCGGAGAUAUACAUUCUACGAAGGAUGCCGCCAGUUCUGUCUCCGGAGCAGGACGGGAUCAGUGGCUUCCCUGUGAAAGCAGAAAAUAUGCGGUCCAUGGGACUAGUGCUUGAGGACGAAUAUGGGAACGCGACGCCGGUGCCAUACAAGGCGUUCUCGAAGAGCGAUGUGCUCCAGCAGAUACAGAGACUUGGAAAAGACUCGGACUGGGCUGAGCACAAGUCUGUCCUGCGAGCUUGCCCUCUGGAGACCCUCCUUGUCGUGCACGAUCCCCAGAAACUGUAUGGCAACUCCUUUGCCUGGAUUUUCACUGAAAUCGCUUACAACACUAUGAUGAAAAAAAUUGAGAGUUGCCGUGAAGAAGCAAUAAGGGCUUGUGUACAUGAGAGGGGCGACGAUGCCCGCAGAAAGAAGGAAGGCGAGCAACGAGAGAGCCGUGUCCGAUUUGCUGGUUGCAUAUCUCCGAAUGAGUGGAUCUCGUCGACGAGUGACAUCACAAAUGAGGAGAUCCAGCGUAUGUCACUACAAUCACGACGCUCAUUGAUAACUCGGGUCAUUUCAAAAAAAUAUAAGCUCUUCAAGGAACCGUGCGAAUUUCAAGCAAUCUCCGACAAAAUUCACUCAAGCCGCCCUCAAAAGAACAGCCACUUGGUGGAUCUCCGGAAGGAACUGGACUUAGGGAUCCAGGCCAUUUCAAAAACCACUGACGCCGAUACGCAAACGUAUCUAUGCAUUCCGACCGACGCCUCUACUCAAUAUACAAGCGACGACUUCUGGACGAAGAGGAAGAUGGAUGAUCAGGAAAACAAGGCUUUCGCUAACUUUUUCUCACGUAUAGCAGGCUUGGUCGAGCAAGCUCUGGAGCAGAACGAAACCGUCAACAUCUUCGGCGAAGCGUUUGCAAACCUUGGCACAGAUGAAUUCAUCAAUUCUCAGGCAACGGGGGAGGAGCUGAAAGAGCUACUGAACUUCACCCACCUUGCAUACUCAAAGUCAAAAAUCGUUUCAUGCAUCCAGCGAGUGCCUAUAUCCGACUCCCUUAUAUCGUACGCAUGCAUGGAGAAUUCCAGCUUCGACGAAAGGGUUGAACGGUCUGGCAGAGGGUCUCAGGCCCAUAUCCUCGUUUGGCAUUUUGACGACAUCAUCAUGCCACGAGCUGUCUUCAGCUCCCCUUCGGACGUCACGAUAUUCCGUUACUGCGAGGUCGACUCGAAGUUGUAUAUUGUUGCCGGUCUGAUUAGUGGCCAGCUUGCACUCUGGAAAACUGAAUCCUCAAUGGAGCUUGUUGACAAGGAUGUAGUUGGCAGUCACAGAGCGCAUCAGCAACCCCCAGUGCAGCCUACCAAACCGUUCGUUAUAUCUUCUAUCGACUUCUCGCACCGAAGGACGGUUUCGGACAUUCGAGUGCUGCCUCCUGGAACCGAUUUCAAAAAGAACUUGAGGGCUGUCUUCAACCCCAGCAGCACGAGCACGUACCUCAUAACGUCGUCCGGCGACGGUAAUAUCAUGAUCUGGGAUCUGAACUCCGCGGCGCAAUCUGGCCAUCUUGAAAAUUUUCAGUGGCGGCCGUUCCUGCAGGCCCCGCUCAAGAAGGCAGAGUCUGGAGUGGACCUGGGGUGCUGCCACCUGGUUAUCCCAACGGCAAAUCCAACCGAACUGACUACGACUUUCUGGGCUUCCACGGAAGACGGGGAAGUUCUUGUGGGGGACUGGGCGCAGCCCGCGGAAGAGCGCAAGCUGGACUACGUCAAGCUGCUGCUCACGGGAACGAGGACGUGCAGGCCCACGCUAAGCUUUGCCGUUUCUCCGUUCUUCGACGAUCUCUUUUUGGCGGUAACAGAUAUUGCCUUUUACAUCUGGAUGCAAGACUGCCCGUCCCCCAUUUUCUCCUCGCCUACAGCAAGCGUUUCUUACGCGUCGGGUGCAUGGAGCCCGACGCGUCCUUCGGUCUUGUUCCUGGGGAGGACAGACGGAAGUCUCGAGGUCUGGGACCUUUCUGAGCAGUGCCAGGCCUGCAGCUCUGUUUUCGUCGUCGGCACCGUCGCCAUCACGUACUUAUCUUUCCACCCCUGCAGAGGUGUGCAGCGGUCCUCCAUCCAAGAGGAUCCCGACAUGUCGCUCCUGGCCGCCGGUGACGCAAACGGCGUCGUGCACAUUGUUGCCCUGCCCAAGAGUCUGUCAGUCCAGACACCCGGUGAAGUGGGUGUCAUUCGCGCCCUCUUCGUUCGAGAGCGGGAUGUCAUCUCCUACGUUACGAAAAGAAGAGAAACAAUCAAGAAGGAACUGGGACUCGGAGAAGUUGGAGAUUAUUCGCCUCGGGGCAGCACUCGCGAGGACGGUCUGGGGCACCCGCGAGGCAGGGGGGGAAAGUAG